AUAUCAACAGACUUAUAGACUUUUCAUAUCAGUAGAUUUUCGACUCAAAACUUACGUCAUAUCCACACAGGCGUUCUUGCUAACACAUAACGGAUCUUUACCCAAUUUCAUAACAAAAGCAAAACACUCCCUUGUACAUUUAAAUGCGAGAUACACCUUCACCGUCGUUAUCACGAAGUGCUCGAUCAACUGUUGCUAUUGCUGGUAGUAGUAAAAUUUUACUUGUGGUUUUUUCUUCCCUUUUUAAAUUAGUUCAUUCCCUCCCUAUUUUACACGAAGUUCUCGAUCAUAAUGAUUAUGCCGAUGUUCGUGGAGAAAAGUCAUUGACUCCAGAAGAGUUUUACCUUAAUUUGGUUACUUCUAUUUUCCUUGUUCUUGCCGGUGGGGUUUUUGCUGGUUUGACUUUGGGAUUAAUGGGUCAAGAUGAAGUUUAUCUUAAAGUCAUUGCCACUUCUGGUGAACCAAACGAACAAAAACAUGCACGUAAAGUGUUGCAACUUAUUGGAAGAGGUAAGCAUUGGGUUUUGGUGACCUUGUUGUUAUCUAAUGUCAUUACUAAUGAAAGUUUGCCAAUUGUUUUGGAUAAUUGUCUUGGUGGUGGAUGGCCAGCUGUUGUUGCUUCCACUGUUUCUAUUGUCAUCUUUGGAGAAAUCAUUCCACAAUCUAUUUGUGUAAGGUAUGGACUACAAGUUGGAGCAUUAUUUGCUCCGUUUGUCUUGGUGUUGAUGUAUAUCAUGUAUCCGGUUGCUUAUCCUUGUGCCAUGUUAUUGGAUCAUAUUUUAGGUGAAGAUCAUGGAACUGUUUAUAAAAAAUCUGGAUUGAAAACUCUUGUCACUUUACACAAAACCAUGGGUGUCGAACGUCUUAAUCAAGAUGAAGUUACUAUUAUUAGUGCUGUCUUAGAUUUAAAGGAAAAACCAGUUAGUUCUAUUAUGACUCCAAUGGAUAGGGUAUACACCAUGAGUGCCGACACCAUAUUGGAUGAGAAAACUGUGGAGGAAAUCUUCAAUGCUGGUUUCUCCCGUAUUCCAAUUCAUUUACCUAAUGAACCAAAUAAUUUCAUUGGCAUGUUAUUGGUUAGGGUUUUAAUCAGUUAUGACCCUGAAGAUGCUUUGCCUGUAGCUGCAUUCCCCUUGGCUACCCUUCCUGAAACUGCAUUGGACACUUCAUGUCUUAACAUUUUGAAUUAUUUCCAAGAAGGUAAAUCGCAUAUGAUUGUUGUUAGUGAACACCCUGGUGAGCCUGUUGGUGCCCGGGGUGUUUUGACAUUGGAAGAUGUUAUUGAAGAAUUAAUUGGUGAAGAAAUUGUUGAUGAAUCCGAUGUUUAUAUUGAUAUUAACAAGAAGAUUAAACGUAAACAACCAGGUCCAUUAUCGAAGAGAAACCUUACGUCCUACUUACAUACCUUGUAUCAAAGAAGUGCUCAAAACUCUAAAAGAAAUUCCUUGGAUUCAUCAUAUCAACCAGAUUUACGUGAACGAUUAUCCCAACCUCAAAUUAAUAACGUAAUUCAAACAACACCUAAAGAUAAUGUUAAACCAAAGAACCCUGCCCAAAAUCCAUUAGAAACUAACAAGAAAUUUGUUACUAUUAAAAAACCAGUUGAUCAGAAUACCUUGGAUAAUGUAACUAAAGCAGUUUCACCAGUACCGUUUGGAAGUAGUUCUGCCACUCCUGCCCCUGCAUCUACAUUACAACCAUCACAGGACGCAUACGGUGCUGUUUAUUCUACCGAAAAGGGUGCUCUUGUAGAAGCACAACGAAGAUCAUUUGAAGGCGAACGUUAUUCACACACUCAUGAAGACAAACGAGAUUUACCUCAUUACCACGUACCUAAUAUUGGUAGUCGCACCGCUAGUUCAAGUUCAGUUAAGAAGAACCCUGCAAGAUUUUUACUUCCAGAAGAGCGAGAAACUGAUGUUUCCGAGAUUCAUGAAGAAAGCCAUGGUAGACAAGAACACGAGCAUGGAGACCAUCAUGAUGAUCACGAACAGGAUGGCAUAAAACACUAUCAUGGAAGUCCUGAUCAUUCUCUAGUUUCUCCUGUGGGUAUUCCAACUACUGAAACUUCAUCUGCGGCGGGCUUAGCUAUUCCUCAAAGUCAAGAAUCAAGAUCGUACCGUACUGGUGGUAUAAUUGAGUCAGUGGUUAAUGUUCAGGGUGUUCACAAAACAAUCAUUGAGAAUGUGAGCGAUGAAGAACUUCAAUAUGAACAAAUGUUGCAUGAACGACAAUUAGCCAAGAAGAACUUUUCUACAGAUGACAUUGAUAAUGCCAUUCAGGAUGGAGAUGAGGAAAGUGAAGGGUUGUUGAAUAAUGGAAGAAGACAUUCUUCAGGCACUAAUGGGAAUGGAAGAAGAAUGAGUUUAUGGGAGAAGAUCAGAGGAGCUAGUCAAUCCCCUAGUGAACAUUAAGCCAUUUAGAGAGAGUAUUGAUUGGUGAUUUUACAUAAACUACGUUUUUUGUAUUUGUAAUUAUUGUUAAAUAGUAAUUGAAAUUAAUCAUAACAUUGAUAUCUUCG